AUGGCCGUUGCGAUUGGAAGUUCGAUGAAAGAGAAGCUCCUCCGCGAUGAGGUCGCUUACACGCUCAGCAUCAAGUUGGUGCGUUCGGUGGAAAUACCCAUGAUGGCCAAAACGGCAGGCUACGAUGGAAUUCUCAUCGACAUGGAACACUCUUCUUUCGACCUCGACACCGCUAGCCAGAUAUGCAUUGCAGCCCUAUAUGCUGGCAUCACCCCCAUCGUUCGAUCUCCAAGCAAAGACCCAUUCUACGUCUCGAGGAUACUGGACGGCGGAGCUCUCGGUGUCAUUGUCCCUCACAUCCGUAGUGUCCAGGACGCCAAAGACGUAGUCGCAGCCUCCAAGUUCCAGCCCAUCGGUUGCAGGUCUUCCACAAACGGCCUGCCACACUUUCAAUACCGAUCCAUCCCCGCCAAAAUCUCGAAUCCUGUGUGCAACGCUGCGACCCUGGUGAUUCCCAUGAUAGAAACGCUUGAAGCGCUUGACCUGGUUGACGAAAUUGCGGCCAUUGAGGGGGUGGAUUCUCUCCUGAUCGGCACCAAUGACCUAACUGCGGAGAUGGGCAUUCCGGGGCAGUACGAGGAUCCUAGGGUCACAGAAGCAUAUGAGCGGACAAUUGCAGCAUGCAACAAGGUCGGAAAGUGGGUUGGAUGCGGUGGCUUGCAUGCGCGUCUUGAUUUGGUGGAGAAAUUCUGUAAGAUGGGCGUAAGAUGGGUUAUGGCGGCCACGGAUGGCCCGCUCUUGAUGAGCGCGGCUGCAAAGAGGGCUGGUGAGAUGGCUGCAUUGAACGCUCAGGUCUCGGGUCUCAGCCGCGAUUGUGUUGCUAAGCGUAUCGUGAAGACCACCACAAACGGCGUUCACAAUGGACUAUCAAAUGGAGACUCGAACGGGAUGUCCGUCGUUGGCUCUUGA